AUGUCCGGGGUUCUACAAAAUAAAGCUGAUCACGGCGGCUCAGGCUCUAGCAGUGGGGAUGAUGGGAAGCUUUGUCAAAUGGAGGGAGGGCAGAAUAAUGGACCGAAGAUAUCUUUCAAUGAACAGACUAACUAUGUUCCUAAACGAACAAUUAUCACUAUUUUCCUAGCAUGUUCUACCGUCGACCUAGUGGCGUUGAUUGAUCAAACGACUUUAGCAUCCUGUUUAUACGUCAUCGGCAAUGCAUUAGGAGCAAGCGACCAGGCCUCUUGGAUCUCAGGCUCAUACUAUCUAACAUCAACAUGCUUCCAACUUCUCUAUGGAAAACUAUCCGACAUCUGCUCUCGAAAAGUAGUCCUCUUCAUCGGACUAGCAAUUUUCUUCAUCGGUUCACUGGCAUCUUCACUCGCUCAAACAGUCAACCAGCUUAUAGUUUUUCGAGCUAUCGCAGGAGUCGGUGGCGGCGGUUUAAUAACCCUCGCCCAAAUGAUAGUAAGCGAUGUCGUCCCACUCCGUGAACGGGGAAAAUAUCAAGGUAUCCUCGGCGCAGUAGUAGCCAUCUCCCAAGCCAUUGGUCCGAUAAUUGGAGGAUCUCUAGCCUCCAUCUCCCACGAUUCAUGGAGAUGGAUAUUCAGGUUAAAUCUUCCCCUAACUGUGCUUUGUGUUGGCUCGGUGUAUUUCUUCAUGCCUCUUCGGAAAGUGGAGGGUGAUUGGAAACUGAAGAUCAAGGCAAUUGACUUCUUUGGUGCCUUUCUAGCACUGGGAGGUACCUCUGUUCUUAUUAUGGGGUUGACAUGGGGUGGAGGUCAGUAUGCGUGGGAUUCUACGCAUGUUGUCGCGACACUGGUCAUUGGCAUUGUCGUUUGUAUCGCUUUUGUUUUGUGGCAAUGGAAAGGAGCUGCUGUGCCACUUGUCCCACUGAAAAUCUUCCGUGUGAAGAUUGUGAAUGGUACUUCUCUGACCAUGUUUAUUCAUGGGUGGAACAUUUUGGUCCAAACCUUCUACAUACCCACUUUCUACCAGCUGGUUUUCGGCUACAGUACCCUGGCAGCAGCGGCUAUGUUGCUUCCUAUCACAGUCAUGCAGACUUUCUGCAGUACCGGCUCUGGUCUAAUUGUACAUUGGGUCGGUCGAUACAGAGAAUGUAUCCUUUUCGGCUAUGGUAUCUGGGCAAUUGGUCUCGGUCUCCUAUCCACCCUUGAUGAAUCGUCAGGGCUUGGUAAACAAAUUGGCUAUGGAAUUCUCUCGGGAGUGGGCGUCGGGAAUACUCUACAGCCAGCCUUGAUUGCAGUUCAAGCCGGAGUUGAACGCAAGGAUAUGGCGUUCGUUACUGCAUUCCGAAACUUCGUGCGGAAUCUCGGCGGUACACUCGGUCUCGCAAUCGCCGGAACAAUUCUCAACAAUAUUAUCUCGUCCUCGAUAUCACCUCUCGAUCUCUCAGCAUCUGACUCGCGCUCUUUACUAUCAAGCCCAUCAACAUUUUUAGCGAAGCAAUCUCCGGAGAACGCAGCCCACAUUCGCAGUGUCUUGACUCCCGCUUAUCGGCGUGGCUUCCGAAUUAUUUUCCUUGUCGGAGCGUGCUUAUCGGCAUUUGCAUUCGUUCUUGCAUUUUGGCUGAUUCCCCAGCUUGGUUUGAAUAAGCCUGAUGAUACUGCUCUGAAGGAAGAGGGGAAGAGAAGGGCACAAAAAAAGGCGGAUGAGGAGAAGGGACCAGAGCUUGUCGAUCAAAAGGCUGGGUGA